AUGUCUGACGACAACACCCGCCGCCACUGGCACGGAAGCCCCGGCGACCGUCACGAGCACCUAAACGUCUGGAUGAACGGCGGCGCCAAGGCCCGCAGUCCCCGAGCUGCCUGGGCGAUGCCGGCCGGGGCCAUGGAAACAGGUCGGAGGGCCUCGGACUCCUCCACAACCUCACAGAGCAAACAAGACGAAGCCACAUCCCCGCCUAUCCCCACAGUCAGUGAGCGCCGCCGCUCGAGUGGCGGCUCCGGCGGCCUGUUCUCGAACCUGCAAUCGCAGAAGCGGCUUUCCACGGAUCCCGGUAUGGCUGGUCGUCGUGCGAGCUGGAAUGAACAGGCUGCGAAGGGCGGGUUCUUUGGGAAGUGGUGGGAUGAGUAUACUCGUGGACCUUCUACGUCCAAGUGA